AAUUCGUUUUAAUUUUGCACUAACUUAUAAAUACCUGCAGUACAUUGAAAACAACAUCUAGAACUUUCUAUUGAUGACGUAACGGUAUACGUCACUAUCUAAUGAUGACGCAACCUCGUUCCUGUAGCAGACGGUAUAUAGGAAGGAAUGAACCAAAGCUAAUACAGACAAAUGCAAAUAUAAAAUGCCACAAAACCAGUUAUCGUAAUUUACAUAGGUGUCCAUUUCUUUCUCCUGUAAGCAAGUUUUUUAUCCAGGUAAGUAAGAUAGGGUCAAUUAACCUUAACAGGAAACGACAUUUAAAUUUAAGGUCUAAGUCGCUUUUAUGUGAAGGCCCUCUAUAUAAGAUGAGCCAAGAGAAGAUGCACGCAGUUUCUGAAAGAGGAGAUUCAAGCAAACAAGAAUUCUAUCAUGGUGACGAUGCGUGAAAACCACUGCAUUCUUCUGUGUCUUUUUGUGAUAAUUUAUUGGUGGCCUCAGGGAGGACAUUGCAAAGUAUAUGAGAGGUGUGAACUGGCAAGGGAACUGAAGGAAGCACACGGCAUCCCAGAGGACCAAAUAGCAACGUGGGUGUGCAUUGCCAAGCACGAAUCUCAAUUCAAUACUUCAGCUGUAGGGCACUUGAAUGCGGAUGGAAGUGGGGAUCACGGACUGUUCCAGAUUAGUGAUCUUUACUGGUGUUCUCCUCCAGGAAAAGGGUGGGUUUGUGGUGUCUCCUGUGCUGAACUGGAGGAUGAUGACAUCAAGGAUGACGUAGUGUGUGCUAAAAGGAUCUAUCGGCAACAUCAAAGGAUUUCAGGUAAUGGAUUCACCGCCUGGGCAGUUUACGCGAUGUACUGUGCAAGCAAGGAGGCUGCAGACAAGUUUGUGGACGGUUGUUACAGUGAAGGGAUCAAAACAAAAGCUCUGGAAGAGGCGGUAGUGAGGAAAGAAGUGGUCAAAACAUCAAAGAAAUACCAAACAAAGAAUAUUUGGAAUUCCGGAAUAUAGAUUCUACCGUAACCGCAAUAUGAGAGAACAUUAACCCGGAAAUUAAUAUAUUUUGGGAUGUGGUGCUCUUUAGCCCAAUGGAAGUUCACUCGGCUUCUCCACCUCCUUUCAGACUUACAAAAUAUGGGCCAAUUUCAGGGCCCACGUUCCUUAAUCCAUGCUUCCAUGAGUUUUCUGCAUGUCCGGUGUUUAGUUUUAUACGCGGUGCACGCGCACCAUUCCUGCUACCUCAUGUUAUCCUUAGCUUCUGAAGAAAGAGGCAGUAUUUUCCUCUGAAAUGCCUUAGGUGAAAUUCUGCCGGACUAUACGGCGUUACAUCGCAGAAUAUAGUAUUCUUCAUAGUCAUCCCAGUGAGACUUCUGCGGUACGACAUCUCCCAAAAGUUACGUUAACUACUUUACCGGCUGUGGCACGUAACUGAAAAAAAGUGUAAACAGUUUAGUUAUUUGAUAACAGAUGUCGCUAGUAUAUACUAACGUGUUGUGGUUAUCUUAAGUUUGAAUAAUUUUAUGCUGAAUUUUAGCACAAAUUUAUGAAUAUAAAUAAAUAUAUUUGGACGAGGAUCAAAACACUUGUUGAAGUAGUGUUAUUAGGGUUUUCUAAAUUGGGGUCUCAUCACGUGUUAAUUAAUCUGUAAUUUCUCUGUAAUUUACUUCAUAAAAUUAAUAGUUUUGAAGUGACAAUAGGUUGUGACAGAACAGACUACAUCUAAUCUCAGCCUAUUCACAUUUCUUAAAAUGUUUUGCGUUUUAUAAGAUAUUAACACAAUAAAUACUUUCAUAAUUUCGAAGUCUCAAUGAAAGAGGUCACCAGGAAGACCAAGGCGUAAAUGGGAGAACACACAAGAUAAAAUACUUCAUUUCCGAAUUCCAUGUAACAUAUCUAUUGUUACAAUGCCUAUUUAAACAACAGAAAUUAAUUUUCUAUUAAGAAAAUUUUUUCUGCUGUUGAUUAGUAUUGCCAAAUUAGAUUUUAUCUUAAAGAAACGCAGUUAAGAAUACAUGAGGUAGACUAAUGCAAAUCAUUCAACCUGAGAAUGUGUGAACUUCACAUGUGAGUGGUCUUACAGUCUUUGUCUCAUGUAACCGUC